CAGGAUGUGCCGCCAGAAGAACGAAGGAAGAGCCAAACCCGAAGCGCGAAAGCGCCGAGCGAGGGGGAGGGCACGGGGUGGCGGCGGCGAAACGGGAAGGAAACGUUUUGGAGAGCCCUCGGCGGGAGGCAGCUCCCGAGAGCGAGACGGGGCCAGAAGGGGAUAAACUCAUCCCUCGUGGAGAAAACCAGAAGGUCCUCAAAGAAUCCAAAGCCCAGUACAGAACCGCCACCAGGGAGAAGAAGUACACGUGCAACGAGUGCGGAAGAAGCUUCGGACAGAGCUCCAACCUUAUCGUGCAUCAGCGGAUCCACACCGGCGAGAAACCGUAUAAAUGCCACGAGUGCGGGAAGUGCUUCAGGCAGAGCUCCAACCUCAUCGUCCACCAGAAGAGUCACACGGGAGAAAAGCUCUACGAGUGUCCCAAGUGCCAGAAGUGUUUCCCAGACCGGUCGCUGCUCAUCAGGCACAAGAGGGUCCACGUGGGAGAAAAACCUUUUAAAUGCCAGCAGUGCGGGAAAAGCUUCAUUCACCAAUCGAGACUUCUUGUCCACGAGAAGGUGCACGUAGGAGAACAGCUCUACCAGUGUCCCGAGUGUGGGAAAUGCUUCAGGGACAAACCCAAGUUCCUCCAGCAUCAGCGGCGGCACAUGGGAGAACGUCGCUACAAGUGCUACGAGUGCGGGGAGGAAUUUGGGCAGAGCUCGGACCUCAACCUUCACCAGAGGAUCCACGUGGAGGAGAAGCUCUACCAGUGCUCCACCUGCGAGAAGUGCUUCAAGGACAGGUCCACCCUCAUCAGGCACGAGACGGUGCACACGGGAGAGAAACCCUAUAAAUGCCACGAGUGCGGGAAGAGGUUCACCCGCAGCUCGGACAUCAUCGUCCACCAGCGGACGCACACGGGGGAGAAACCCUUCCAGUGUCCCGAGUGCGGGAAGAGCUUCAGCCACCGGUCAAAUCUUUUCCGACAUCAGAGGAUGCACACGGGGGAGAAGCCGUAUAAGUGCGAAGAAUGCGGGAAGCGAUUCGGGCAAAGCUCGGAGCUUAUCGUCCACCAGCGGACCCACACCGGGGAGAAACCCUACCACUGCUCCGAGUGCGAGAAGUUCUUCAGGGGGAGGUCAACCCUCUUCAGGCACGAGAGGCUGCACACGGGGAUCAAGCCGUACGCGUGCAGCGAGUGCGGAAAAAGCUUCGGCCAGAGCGGGGACCUUAUCGCCCAUCAGCGUUUCCAUACGGGCGAGAAGCCCUACCAGUGCUCCCAGUGCAGAAAGUUCUUCAGCAACAGGUCCAGCCUCGUGCGGCAUCAGCGGCUGCACGCGGGGGAGAAGCCCUACAAGUGCCCUGAGUGCGAGAAGAGCUUCGGGCAGAGCUCGGACCUCAUCGCCCACCAGCGGACCCACACCGGGGAGAAGCCCUACCCCUGCCCGGUCUGUGGGAAGAGAUCCAACCUCAUCGUCCAUCAGAGGGUGCACAAAGGGCUCUGCAAGUGCCAGAAAUGCGGGAGGAGCUUCCAGCCCAACUCACGUUUUGGCGUGGCGGUGGGGAAGGACUCUCUCCAGUGCCCCCAGUGCGCGGAGGGUUUCAAGGAGGGGUCAAACCCCAUCGAACACCAGAGAUAA